AUGGCUAGUGGCAGCACAUCGUCGAACGUCGUGGGCGUGCACUACCGCGUCGGCAAGAAGAUUGGCGAGGGCAGCUUCGGCGUCAUCUUCGAGGGCACCAACCUGCUCAACCAGCAGCAGGUCGCGAUCAAGUUUGAGCCGCGCAAGAGCGACGCCCCGCAAUUGCGCGAUGAAUAUCGCACCUACAAGAUCCUCGUGGGCUGCCCCGGGAUCCCUAAUGUCUAUUACUUUGGCCAAGAAGGCCUGCACAACAUUCUGGUCAUCGACCUCCUCGGGCCCAGUCUCGAGGACCUGUUCGACCACUGCAACCGCAAGUUCUCGAUCAAGACGGUUGUCAUGGUAGCCAAGCAGAUGUUGUCUCGAGUGCAGACCAUCCACGAGAAGAACCUCAUCUACCGCGACAUCAAGCCCGACAAUUUCCUCAUUGGACGCCCUGGAUCCAAGAGCGCCAAUGUCAUUCACGUGGUCGAUUUCGGUAUGGCCAAGCAGUACCGCGACCCCAAGACGAAGCAGCACAUCCCGUACAGAGAACGCAAGUCCCUGUCGGGAACUGCCAGAUAUAUGAGUAUCAACACUCAUCUUGGCCGCGAGCAGUCGCGACGUGACGACUUGGAGGCUUUGGGUCACGUCUUCAUGUACUUUUUGCGCGGUGGCCUUCCAUGGCAAGGCCUCAAGGCUGCGACAAACAAGCAAAAGUACGAGAAGAUUGGCGAGAAGAAGCAGACUACUCCCAUCAAGGACUUGUGCGAUGGCUUCCCAGAGGAGUUUAACAAAUACCUGAGCUAUGUUCGCAAUCUCGGUUUCGAAGAUACCCCCGACUAUGACUACCUACGUGAGCUUUUCACGCAGGCGCUCAAGAGCACGGGAGAGGUCGAGGACGGUGAAUACGACUGGAUGAAACUGAACAACGGAAAGGGAUGGGAGGUUCUCAAGAGCCAUCCAUCAGCCGUCCAGGCGAUGCACCACUCGAAUGCCAACCAGAACUCCUCCAUGGCUGUGAACCUCCAAGGCGGACAACACAGGCAACAAAAGACUCACCUCCCCAUCGACCACCACCGUCUCAACGAGCCACUACCCAAGCCCGGAGCGACUCGCGCCCAGCCCGGACGCAGUCCACGGGACAAUAUGAACCGCGAUUCACAGGUCAAGAGGAAGAGCAUGGGAGAACUUGCACCGCCAGAAGGAGCCUCUACCCAGGCCCAGUUCCAACACAGCCAACCGAACCUGGCAGCAAAUCGGGUGAAUACAGGCGCGAGCCCCAAUGCGCCUCAGCAGAGACGACAGGAGCCCGAGAAGCCGAGCUUCAUGCAAAAACUAUCGAACAUUCUCUGCUGCGGCGGCGGAAAAUAG